AUGGGAAAAGUACCUCAUCUGUGUCUGCUCUUUCUAAUGUUUCUAUUCUGCCACGCAACAAAUCAAGAGACAAUAAAUUCUCCCACAGCUCGUCUGACUGUGAGUCCCAGCAGCUCUCAGUUCUUUAAAGGAGCCUUUGUUUCUCUGAGCUGUGAGGAGGACGACAGCUCUGCUGGAUGGACUCUGAGGAGAAACACAAGCAGAGACACCAGAGCUGAGUGUGAGGAGUGGGGAAAACCAUCUGGUUCUUCCUGUAACAUCAGUGUCCUCCCAUUGGACAAUGGGGUUUACUGGUGUGAGUCCAGAGAGGGUCCCAUCAGUAACAUGGUUAACCUGACAGUCACUGGUGGAUCAGUGAUCCUGCAGAGUCCUGUCCUCCCUGUGAUGGAGGGAGAUGACGUCACUCUGCUCUGUAAAACAAACACUACUCCCUCCAACUUCCCAGCUGCUUUCUAUAAAGAUGGCUCCCUCAUCAGGAAGCAGCCUACAGGUCACAUGACCAUCCAGCAUGUUUCCAGGUCUGAUGAAGGCCUCUACAAGUGUGACAUCAGCGGUCAUGGAGAGUCUCCAUCCAGCUGGAUCACUGUCACAGGUUCUCUCACCUCUCCUUCUCCACCUCCUCCUCAGUGCUCCUCUCCUCCGCUCUCUGUGCUGGUGUCUGUUCCCUCCAUAUUUGGGCUGCUGCUGGUUAUACUGAUUGUACUGGUGAGACAAUGUGUCCCAAGGAAACCUGAAGACAGAGAUCCUGCAGCAGCUGCCACCUCCUCAACAGUGAGAAGAACUUCAACAGAUGGUCGAGACGAGUCAAACAGGAGAAGAGAGAGCAAUUCAGCCGCAGUGCAGAGAACAGCUGACAUCACUUAUGGAGACAUCACCAUCAGGACAAACAGCAGACACAGAGAUCUUCCACCAGAGCCAGCGGUCAUCUACUCCUCACUGAAGCUGAGCCACACACCUUUAUCACAGUGUGACCAGUCUGACCAGUGACAUCCAGCUGGGUUCCAAACACAUCCCUGCACUCCUCUUUCUAUAUAUUAUUUAUUCAAUCAUAUUCUCUGUGUGUUUACAGUUGUACAGCUGCACUGGAACAGUUUGAACG